AUGGUGAACUCUUUACGUAAGAGAGUUUCAUCUUCUAUUCCCGGGAUUCCGAACCGGAGCAACACCAUCGUCACCAAAAAUCCAACCCUUCGAGACUUGAAGGGCAAGAUUUUUGAUUUACCUUUGGAGAAGAUAAAAAACAUGCGUCCUACUGAUGAAGAGAGGCGGCAGCUUCAACUUGACGGUCUAUUUCUCGAUGAAUCUAUUGAUGAACGUGGUGUAGCGAAGCAAUCCUUCGAGGGUGGCUCAUCUUCAAAGAAGUCUGAUUCGGCAGAUAUUGAUUGGAUGAAAUCUAAGCUGGAGAUGCUCAGUUCGAAUCAAUCAUCAUUGGCCGAGGACUUCAUUUCGUUGAGGUGUUUUGUUGAUUUUAAUUUCAAAUCCGUAAUGACUGUAAUUAAGGAUAUCCAAGAGAAGGUUAAUGCCAUUCAUCGUCGUCCUUCUGACGAGGGAAAGUCAUCGGAUGAAUUAGUAACUCAAGAUUCUGAUGAUGAUCCUGAUGAUGAUGAUGAUGAUGAUGAUGCCGAGGAUGAUGAGAAGCAAUUGCCUGAUCCAGAAAAUAUUGAUUCCGACUCCGACGAUGGUGGUGAGUUGGUUAAAGUUGGUGGGGAUGCUGAUGAUGCCGACAAGGCCGUUACCGCUUGUCCCUUCGCCGAUGUGAAUCCUUCGAGGAUGUUGGAGGGAGUCCCCGCACCCAAUCCAGAUGUUGUUGGUGAAAAGUCGGAUGCCCUUCAUACCGAUGAAGAACCGAGGAUACUUGUCUACGAUACACCUCUCGUUGGAUAA